CUUCCCCUUCCCAGAUAAAUUCCCAGUCCCACGAAUCAAUCAACGGACUGCAAGUCCCGUAUCUCUCAAACUCCCAUUCCUUCUCCCAACUCCCCUCAAACAAACACGCUGUAAGGGCUGCUCUCAGGAGGAAGUUGCCGGCGCCAUCGCUCCAGAUCCCGCUCGGCUGUUAGAGGAGAUGUAUUGCCAGUCGUGCAAGAAUGUGUACGACGAGGAGGAGUCCGGAACGUGCAAGGAGUGCUAUGAGGAGGCCAGCGAGACGGAGGAGGAGCUCAAGCGCGAGAUCGACGACCUCCGCUCCCGUCUUCUCUUCCUGCGCCUCCUUUCGCCCACGCUCGAUGCCUCCUCCAUCGGCCACUCCGACAUCCUCCUCCACGCCAUCCCCUCCUCGCCGUCUCACCCCUCCCCCUCCAGCGCCGACGCAGGCCGCCUUGAGACCCCCGCUGUCCCAGCCCACCGCGUCAUCCUGUCCAGCAGAUCUCCUGUUUUCAGAGCAAUGCUUGACAAUGAGAUGGAAGAGAGCCGGAGUGGCAUCAUCAAAAUCUAUGACGUGUCCUAUGAUGUCCUCCGUGCUUUUGUCCACUACAUGUACACGGCCGAAGUUCUCCUAGAUGUGCAAAUGGCUUGUGAUCUCUUGGAGUUGGCUGAGAAGUAUGAAGUAAAGCACUUGAAGACGUACUGUGAGAAGUUCAUUACAUCCAAAGUGAACAACGAUAAUGCCAUUAUCCAUUAUGCGUUUGCACAUCGGCAUAGUGCAAAGCAGCUGCUUGAGGCCUCUAUGUCAGUACUUGUCGAAAGCAUGCCAACACUGGCGGAGAGGGAUGAAUACAAGGAACUUGUUGAGAAGGACCCAAGGAUUGUUGUGGAGAUCUAUGAAACCUAUAUGAGCCGGCAAGUCAAUACGGCUGCUGAGAAGGAAUCAGACUGCAGUUGUAGGAACUGAUAAUGAAGAGUAAAACAAUAACAGCAGUACCUUAUAACUAAUCACUUGCAUAUUCAGGCAAGUCCAAGCGGUACUGACUUCUUCUAAAUUGAAGAUGCAAAACUGCUAGUUUUUGGUCUAUAUUUCAAUAGAAGGUGUUAUUAU